AUGGAUGUACAAAGAAUUCAUGUUGAUUCACUCUCUGAUAUAUUCACUCUGCUAGAUAGAGAGACUAUUGCUGAGGUGUUGAGACAACAUAAUAAUGAUUUUGAAGCUGCUGCCAUCGUAUUGGCAGAGUUAAACGUACCAAAACAACCAACACAGCCACAGCAACCACAACCACAACAACAGAGACCAGCUCCAGUUCCAGUGCCAGCUCCUGCUCCAGUACAAAGACCAGUGGCUCCAGCACAAAACACCAGACAAAAUGUUUACAACGAUGUCAAGAACCUCAUGGGCAAUGACAUUGACGUCAACCAAUCAACCAUCUUUGCCAUCUAUGAAACCACUGGAGGCAAGAUCCAGGACACUGCCAAUAUCCUCAAGGAAAUGUACCACGACCCAGCACUUGAGCAGCAAAAGCGUGCCAUGGAGGAGAUGGAGGCCAAGAGAGCCCAUCUCGUCCGCGAGAGGGAGAGACUGGAUGGUGCGAGACAGCAGCAGUUGAAGGAGCAGCAGCAACAGGCUCAGAUUUUGAAACAACAACAGGAUCGCGAGAAGGUCGAGCGCCAGAGAGUCGACAAGGAGAAGGCCGUCGAUGCUGAGCAGCGCGAGUUGAAGAAGUUGGAGUUGCAGAAGCGCGAGCAAGAGAUCGUGCGUCAGGAGGAGGAGAGAAGAAAGCGCGAAGAGGUCGAGCUUCUCAACAAGGUGUUGGCCAAGGAGCGCGAGGCCCAGAAGCAGCAGUUGGCCAGAGAGCAGGAGGAGAACCAAAAGUUGAUUCUCGAGACUCAGAUCCUCAGACAGGAGCUCCAGAGACAGGACGAGGAGAAGAGGAAGCAGGAGGAGUUGGCCCUGCACGCCCGCAUCAUCAAGGAGAACCAAGAGAUGGAGAUCAAGAGGAAGAAGGAGGUUGAGUUGGAGGAGCAGAGACGCCAGUUUGAGCAACAGCAGCGUUUGCUCAUCGAGCAGCAGAUCGCCGUCGAGGACCGCAGAAAGCUUGAGAUCGAGCUCCAACGCCAGCGCGAGGUUGAUCAGCGCAAGUUGGACGAGCUCAAGAUGGAGCUGGAGCACCUGCAAGUCAAGACUGAGGAGCAGCUAAAGAAGCAGGUCAGCGAUUUGCAGAGACAGAAGGAGAUGGAGCUACAGAGGCAAAUUGCCGAGAUCGAGGCCCAGAAGCAAGAGCUCGACCGUCUUCGCCAGGUCGAGAUGGAGACCAUCCUUCGCGAGAAGGAGCGUCUGUUGGCCGAGAAGGAUGCCCAGCUUGAGAAGACCAAGCUCUCCACCAGCAUCACCCUCCAACUGGCUCAUGGCAAGGAGCAAGACUCAAUCUGCGUCACCUACAACCUUGGCACACCCAUCCACACUGGCCACUGCUGGAUCGGCAUCUACCCAACACACCAGCCAAAGAACGAGCGCUACCUAUCGUACAAGGUUGUUGAGAGUGUCGAGGGCACUCUUGUGUUCCCCAACGUCAUUCCGGGUCACUACGAGGCACGUCUCUUCAAGGACCGCUACGACCUCCUGCAGACCAGCCAAUCGAUCCGCAUCGGACCAGAGGUUGAACUCUCUGUCAACGUCGUCCAGGACGAGAUCGUUGUCCAAUUCAAGAUCGUUGGAGGCACUAACAACACUCGCGACUGGAUCGGAUUGUAUUCUAAGGGUCUGCGCAACAAGAAGUACCUGGCCUCGCACUACACAACCAACUCUGGCACCGUCAUCUUCAAGUCGCCACGUGUACCCGGUGACUACCAGGUUCGCUACUUUAUCUACCCAACCAAGUACAACGAGCAGGCCAUCUACCCAUUCACCAUCGUCGACAACGACAGAAUUGAGACCGCCACACCCAUCGUGUCCAGAGGCGACGAGAUCAAGGUGGACUUUAGCGUGAACACCGUCAUCCCCUACUCGUACGACUGGAUUGGAUUGUACGCCGCUGGCGAGGAGAACAACAAGAACUACGUCGAGUCCAAGUACACCAACGGCACAGGACUUGGCACCGUGUCGUUCAUCGCCCCAAGCACACCAGGCGAGUAUGAGUUCAGAUUCUUCUCAUACUCCAAGGGCAAGUACAACACAUUCAAGGUAUCCAACAAGGUGGUCGUCACUCCAUAA